UCUCCUCUGCGGCUAAGCUGCUGCUAACUGUGUCCUCAGUUCAGCUCAGUGAUCCGAACAGAACCAACCGGGUCACCGAACCUCUCAGGCCGACCAGAACCAUCCCCGGCGUCAUAACUGGGUCCGCCGCCCGCCGUUAGUCUGAGCCAGGGAAGGAGGGGCCAACAUGGCAGCCAAAGCCGGAGACAACCCGGACAGCCUCAUGACUCUGGCCACGGUCUUCUGCCUGAGGAACCUGAGGAAGACCAUGUGCUACCAGGGCUUCAGGAGCAAGCUCUGCAUGCGCUCCGACAUCUUCCUCCCCAGCGAAAUCUGCGACAAACUCGUCAACACAUACAUGGAGCUGGUCCACACGGACAGUAACUUUGAACCAGAGGAGAGCUUCUUCCAGCUCUUCUCGGACCCUCGGAGCACCAGGCUGACCCGAGUGCAGCUGAGAGAAGACUUUGUGCGGGACAGAGACCUGGAGGCCAUACGGAAACAGGACCUGAUCGAGCUCCACCUCACCUACUGCAACAGCCUGUCCUCUCGCAGCCUGAAGACCCUCAGCAGCUUCCGGGAGACGCUGGUGUCGCUCUGCCUGUUCGGCUGCAACAACAUCUUCUACAGGAAGGACGGCGCCCCGCUGGCCUGCACCGAGGACACGGACGACGAGGACGACGAGAUCCCCACGGCUCGGCAGGCCCUGGAGACGGACUUUAGCUUCCAGGGCUUUAACCGCCUCAGGCUGCUGAACCUGGGCGGCCUGCCGGAUGAGAUGGAGGCCGAGGACCUGCUCAAACCCCUCAGGUCCCUCACCUCUCUGGGUCUGUCCAACGUACACCUACAGGGGACGGCGUUCCUCACGCAGUGGAAGGACAGGCUGGCGUCUCUGGUGCUGUACAACGUGGACCUGUCAGAGGAACUGGUCAGUACGGUGCUGGAGCUGCAGAACCUCAGACACCUGGACAUCUCCAGGGAGAGCAGAAGGAACACCAAGUUCAAGAUGACCAGGAAGAUCCUGACGGUCAUCGUCCAGCGGCUGGUCCAUCUGGUCUCGCUGGACAUCUCGGGCCACAUCAUGCUGGACAACUGCACGGUGCCGCACAUCGAGGAGGCCAUGGGCCGGCCCAGCACUGAACCGUGUAAAAGCAGCAUCUACCCGUUCCAGGAGCUGAAGAGACCGCUGCAGUUCCUGGGCCUGUACGACACCACGCUGUGCAACGUCACCCACAUCCCCGCCUACAAGGUAACCGGAUCCAAGAACGAAGAGCAGGUUCUGAACGCCAUCGAGGCCUACACAGAGUUUCGCCCUGAGCUCGCCCACAGAGCCAUCAACCAGCUGUUCGACAUCGCCCGGAUACAACACUGCAACCAGCUGCUGCGGGCCUUACAGCUGGUAAUCGCGGCUCUAAAGUGCCAUAAAUACGAUAAGAGCAUCCAGGUGACGGGCAGCGCGGCGCUCUUCUACCUGACCAACACGGAGUACCGCAGCGACCAGAGCGUGCGGUUACGCCGGGAGGUCAUCCAGGUGGUUCUGAACGGCAUGGAGCAGUACCAGGAGGUCACUGUCCAGAGAAACUGCUGCCUGACGCUCUGCAACUUCAGCAUCCCGGAGGAGCUGGAGUUCCAGUACAGCCGGGUCAACCAGCUGCUGCUGAAGAUUCUGGAGCCGGCCCGGCAGGACGAGUCCAUCCAGAGGAUCGCCGUGCACCUCUGCAACGCUCUGGUCUGCCAGGUGGACAACCACCACAAGGAGGCCGUGGGCAAGAUGGGCUUCGUCAAGACCAUGCUGAAUUUAAUUCAGAAGAAGCUGCAGGACCGAACGUGUGACCAGGUGAUGGAGUUCUCCUGGAGCGCGCUGUGGAACAUCACCGACGAGACGCCCGACAACUGCCAGAUGUUCCUGAACUGUCGCGGCAUGAGCCUCUUCCUGGAGUGUCUGGAGGAGUUUCCAGAUAAGCAGGAGCUUCACCGGAACAUGCUGGGACUCCUGGGCAACGUGGCCGAGGUGAAAGCUCUGAGGCCGCAGCUGCUCACGCCAAAGUUCAUCAAAGUGUUCAGCCACCUGCUGGAGAGCAAGGCGGACGGCAUCGAGGUGUCGUACAACGCCUGCGGCGUGCUGUCGCACAUCAUGUUCGACGGCCCCGACGUCUGGGCGAUGGACGAGCCCAAACGAGACGCCGUGAUGGACAGAAUGUGGGAGGCCAUCCAGAGCUGGGACGUCAGCUCACGCCGUAACAUCAACUACAGGUCCUUUGAGCCGAUCCUCCGCCUGCUUCCUCAGAGCAUCGCUCCUGUCAGUCAGCACUGGGCCACCUGGGCCCUCUACAACCUGGUGUCUGUUUACCCGAGUAAAUACUGUCCGCUGCUGAUAAAGGAAGGUGGAGUUAGUCUUUUAGAGAAAGUUCUUGAGCUGGAGAGUUCAAAGCCAGAGACCAAGGAGAUGGCGAGGAAGGUGAUGGAGCAGUGCGAGAGCUUCAAGGAGGACCCCAUGGAGACCAACAACGGUCAGGAGGUGAACAACGGUCAGAGGGGCUGACGCCGCGGGAAGCGGACCUCCCAGUCAACACGCCUGGAGCUCGCCGCCCUGAGGAACCUCCACCGCGGUCAAUCGUGUGCAUUCUUUUCAAUUUCCCCUCUUGUUUCGUAGAGCAGAACGCGUCCUGGACUAAACCUGAAUGUGUGACACAUCAUAGCAGCGGCGCCCUCUAGCUGGGCGGGGGGGGGCGCGCUCUCUGUGGGAUAUCCAUUUCUCUGCUAACGCCCCUGAACUGUCCCGGACGCCAUCCUCGGCCCGCGGCGCCGCCUCCUGAACCAGCCAGUAUGACCGGACCUUUGGGCGCGCUGCAGAGACGGCGGCGGCCCGGCGCUGGACUCGUUUGUCAUAUAUGUACAUACUGAGUGUGGGUCUCAUCCUUUUACUGUGUGGAUGUUUUAUAACAUGGCUGUAAACACGUCACUCUAUUUAAAUCCUACUGGUCUGCUGUCAGCGCUGAGAAUCAAUACACACAGCUACACCAAACGCUUCUGGUUCUGGUUCUGACCCAGGUCUCUCCUUUCUCCGCCUGCCGUCUAAAUGUGGAGAUAAAAACACCUGAAAUCAGUUAAAUUACCUGAAACCCUGGAGCCGUUAAAGAUGAGCCGAGAACGUCCCGACUGUUUCCUCAUUUUCUCUAAUCGGGACGUUUUAUUCUGGCAAACCGGUCCGAUUUCCACCUGGAGCCGUUGGAGGAUACAGAAACUCAAACGUCCAACUGAGAAGAAAUGGCAGUGAAGGCAUCGCCAACAAGAAGCACAGAGAGUUCAGCACCAGCUUCUCCAGAAUCAUGAAUUUAAACGUCAAACAGCGACUGGAUGGAAACGAUUAAUUUAGAGACAAUUCUUCAUGAAGCUGAUAAAGAAGGCUGGUUCUGUUCUGGGGACUCUUCUAGAACCUCUGGAGGUGAUUGUGCCAUAAGAUGGAGAACGUGAUGGAGAACCCUGAGCAUCAGGCGGCCUUCAGUCAGAAGGUUCUGCAGGAGAACGUCCUGCCUGCAGCCAUCAGCAUCUACAACAACUCCAUAGAAACCUUCAUAUUAUGAUUUACAACAUUCAAACGUCCCUCUGGGAUUAAUAAUGUCAUUUCAGUUGAUUUUAAUUGGAUCAAUGCCACGUCACUGGUUACUAUGGCGAUUCAGACAAUAAUAAUAAUAAUAAUUAUUAUUAUAGUUUAUUAUAUUUUACUGCACUUUACACUCAUAUCAAGAGCAAGAACUGACAGCAUCAAAAUUAAAAAUGCUUUUAAACACUUUAAAAUCUUUAAAGUGGAAGUAUUUAACGUUCUCUGGAGUCGGGUUCCUCAGACGUUCUGGAGUCGGGUUCCUCAGACGUUCUGGAGGAGGUUCCUCAGACGUUCUGGAGUCGGGUUCCUCAGACGUUCUGGAGUCGGGUUCCUCAGACGUUCUGGAGGAGGUUCCUCAAACGAGGAGCAGAGCAGGAGGCCCGGUCUCAGAGACGCAGACAAGGAGCUCUGCAGCAACCAGACGGUGUUCAGAGGAACAUCUGCUGGUUGAACAGAACCUCCAGGUUCUACAGAACCAUCCAGAGGUGAAACCUUCUGGCAGUGACUGAGAGUGGAUGUGUCUGUCUUCACUCUGGGCUCUGAUUGGACAAGAAACAGGAAGUCCUCCAUCAGUGGGAGACACUCUGGCUGGAAGGAGACAGAGUUACCUGCAUUAGGAUGGAGAAACUGUUUAAACCCAAAAGGUUCUGAAUGUUUAACCCGAUCAGAACCAUCACUAAACAUUCUGGUGGGAAAUAAACUUUAAUUCUAAAUUAAACUGUGACUUUGGAAAAACUGGGAAAGAGAUCAAAUUAUAACUGGGUCAGGUAAAGUCCUACUUCCUGUGACCCGUAAACUUUAAACGGUUCUGAUGGACGGCGUGGCCAUCAGAACCAGGAGGUCCAAACAGAGCCGAGUUUGACACUGAGAAAGAAAGCCGAAAAGGUCCGAAUAAUCCAGAACAUUUGGGAAUCGGAUUAAUCUAGAACUUUAUAGGUAAAGAUGGAACCCAGUUUGCUGUUUGAGCUCAAUCUGAACCAGAACACAAUGACCGGUUAGGAUGUUCUCAGUAAUUGGUCUCCAUCUGGGUCCAGUUAUCAGAACUUUUCUGUAGAGUUUCAGUUUAACAGAGUCGGGUUCAUUAAAUCCUCGUCUUCUCGGCACCAUCCUCCAACAUCUUCUGGCAGGAUUUCCUCCAGGAUCAAUAAAUCCUGCUUUGAUCAAUAAAUAAAGCUUCAUCUCGUUGUUUCCUCCGGCAGUUAAAAGUUUUAUUUCUGAUUAAUUUCCUCUCAGCAUCUCUGAUGUUCCUAACCUGCUUCCUGUACUUCCUGAGCUGGAUUUACUUUCUGAACGGGUUUCCUGGUUCUGAUGUACGUUUGUCUCUGAUUGACUCCAAUCUGACGGCUUCAUUUGCGUUUUGGUUCCUGUUUGGCUUUUUUAUUUUACCCUGAUUAGGUGUUAAUUAAGAGACUUUGGACACAGGUUGCCUCCAGAGGAUGAUGAGUAUUUUCAGUCUCCGGUUCCGUCUGAUUUGAAUGUUUUAGUCGUUUUUUUGUUUGAAGGCAAACAGAAAACUCGACUGUUUUGGGUUAUUUAUGCUCCGGUCACAUUUAAACUUUAUCUGAUGACGUUUCUGUUAAUGUUGAUUUCUUCUCUCACUGCUGAAGAAUUUGAUCUGAAAUGGAGCGAAGAACAAACGGUUCCACUUCUGUUGAUCACAGUAGCUUCAUGACUUAAUGUAAAAAUAUGAAUAAGCAAUAAACAUGGAGUGGUUAAAUGAA